ACUCUCACGCAUAGCGUACAGAAAACGCAUUAUAUUUUCGGUUGUAGGUGAUUCUUUUUCGGAAAUUCGUUCUUCGCCCAGUUGCCUGGUGGGUGGGUGGAGCUCUAUGUAUAUAAAUUCGUGAAAGAUUUUCCUUUCUAUAUUAUACGCACAACUAAUAUGAUGUAUAUACACACAAUACCUACACACAUAAUUUCGAGUGCGUAUCGCUUUUCUGGAGUAAAAGUUCACGACAUUUCCAACAAACUGUAUGAAUAGUGCCAGUAUAUUUUGAACUUGCAUUGGGUGAACAUGAUGGAGAAGAAUUCUUUUGAUACGCUAUAGAUUUUUAUAAUAUUGUAUGUCUAAUAUACCAGAAUGUUGUUCUGACCAUUUUUUUUUUACCAAUUUGGAAGAAAGUGAAAAUAAUAGAAACGGUUACUGUUGAAUGAAAAAAACAAAAAAAACAUUUGGGAUGUAAACAAGUUGAAUUAAAGAAAAACGGGAAAAAUUAAGACUGAAAAACUGUGAUUUUUACUGAGGAUUUUAGUGUAUUUCGAUAAAUAUUAUUAUUUUUUCGUCGUUUUGUGGUAAUAUGAGCAUUGGAAUCCAAAGAUGAGCAUAUGGGAAAAACAAGAUUGGAUUAAAGACAUUCUAUCGAAAUCUGGAACUGAAAUAACGGAAAUAAAGGAUGAGGAUAAUAAAGGCGUCAACAAAAUGGUUUACUACACGGCAUUACCACUGAUAAUGCAGGCCGAUCCGAAUUCAACACAAAUAUGUGCAAGUGUAAAAAGCGAGGAUGAGUCUGGCCGAAUGAUGAAUCCAGCCAAUAACCUACUAUAUUCGGAUAACGAACAGUACAAUCACUUGAACCAACACCGCGACAAAUUAGCCUUACCAGCUCACAUGAACGCGCUGCCAGUACAACACCAGCAACAACACAACCUGUCCACAUCACCGCAACAUCAUCGCCUGCCUACGCCACCACAAAAGAAACCAGCACAGCCAAAAACACAAUUCAAAUGUCACCAGUGCAAUAUGGUCUUUGGCAGCAAAAGUGCACACACCAGUCAUGUGAAAAGUCAUGCCAAAACAGCUCAGCAAAAUGUUUCGACUGCGGCGGGAGACUUGAGUUCGGCGGGUCCAACGUCUGCUGACCCGUAUCAGUGUGACGUGUGCAAGAAAACGUUCGCCGUACCUGCUCGACUGGAUCGCCAUUAUCGCACUCACACAGGAGAGCGACCAUUCGGCUGCGAUUUCUGUGAGAAACGUUUCAGUGUCAAAGAGAAUCUUCAAGUUCACCGGCGGAUUCAUACGAAAGAAAGGCCGUACAAAUGUGAAGUGUGUGGUCGAGCAUUCGAGCACAGUGGAAAACUACACAGACAUUACCGAAUUCAUACCGGUGAGAGACCACACAAAUGUAAUGUGUGCAACAAGACUUUUAUUCAGUCCGGUCAGCUAGUUAUUCACAACAGGACUCACAGCGGUGAAAAGCCUUACAAAUGUCCGGUUGAAGGUUGCGGAAAGGGUUUCACAUGUUCCAAGCAAUUAAAAGUACAUUCUCGGACGCAUACGGGCGAAAAACCCUACAAAUGUGAUAUUUGCUUUCGAGACUUUGGAUACAAUCACGUUUUGAAGUUGCAUCGCGUUCAGCAUUACGGUUCCAAGUGCUACAAAUGUACGAUCUGUGACGAAACAUUCAAAAGUAAGAAGGAAAUGGAAGCCCACAUCAAAGGUCAUGCCAGUGAAAUUACGGACGAAGACGGCAAUGAUUCAACGCUAUCGACUGAGUUGGACACGCGCAAAAACCAUAAUUUAAGCAAUCUGAUGACGGCCAUCAGUAAACCAAGCACCUACACCGAAACACCCAGAGAAUCAAGCUCGGAAGCGAACUCGGAUGCCGACGAUUUAGCCUACUACAAUCUGCAGUUUUCCAGACUCGAACAAUCCAACAUCAGCCACUACAAUAACAUGGAACAGGCGUCCGGUGUUGAUCCGGCACUAUUAGCAGCUGUAUCAUUAGCAGCAUCGGUAGUUGGUAAUGGUGAAAUGGGUGAUUACGGAUCGGUAUCGCCGAACAAAACGCAGUCGAAGAAUACAACCGGACUACACACCCCACCAUCGCUACACCAAAACAGUUUCAGUCAAAACAAUCUCGUCUACGAACCACUAGCUGUAAUGCGGCAACAGGGCUACUUUACACCAGCUCCACGGGUUGAGGAAUUUCGAUCGUCCAUUGACGGUGCUAGUGAAAUCGUUAAGCGAGUCGAAGCAGCACUAGCCGGAGCUGAACCACUACUCACCCCACCGCGAUCAUCGCCCGAAUCACCGGAUCGUUCAUCGUCGCCCGAAAGUGAUGGGAUGCUGGUGACCAAUCGUGACAACAUGAGUCUACCGCUGCGAAAGCGAAAGCUUUAUAUUCAAGACAAUCAGAGCGAUGAAUCACCGGCUAUGCGAUUGAGCUCCGUUAUCCAGUUCGCUAAAGCAUCCUAGAAGCGAAUACCGUGAAAGCGGCCGGAGAAUUUUAGUCCAAUCAUUAGAUCGAAAAGUGUUCACCACUGAGGUUGAUCGGUUUGAUUAUAUUUUUUGGCGAUUAGUAAAACCAAAGACAAUAUUGCUUGAUUGGAACGUCGCAUGAUUUCAUUGUAAUUAUAGCCGGGAACGGUAAAUUGUCAAGGAGUUAAGGUGGCGUCCGAUUUGUACAAUUUUUAAUCGCCAUCGAAAAUGAUUAAUUGUCUGACGAUCAAUAAAAUGAAAGUUCACAUUGACUGACCAUUACACUAAAUUAUCUUAUUAAUAAAACAAAACAAAAAAAUCCGAAAAUUAUUUUACUGAUGAGACAUAAAAUAGGUUUUAAGUGCAUCUCAAACGACGGUAGAUAUCGCUUUAUAUUCACACACGAGUCAUUAUAAUGGUUUUAUAUAUGGUAGCAUAGUCAUAAAUUCGUUAAAGAAAUCAUUGUUGUUACAACACCUCAGCCUUCUGCUGUUUCUUCAGUUUGGCCUGGUACUUUGGAAAGCUUAGGGCUUUUGGUUUGGACUGACCUAUUUCUUUCGGUUUGAAACACGACUAAAUUGCAACGAAAAACCGAUGAACGAAAAAGCUCUGUUCGGAAUUGUUCAUUCUUUUCAACCGAAAGCACCAAAUCAACUCACAAAAGAUAGUUCCAAUUACCAACAAAACAGUGUUGCCAGCCGAAUGAGACUCAUUCAUUAAUUAAUGGAAGGUUGUGUAGACUGUUAACGGAGAGCGAAGAUCAGUUAAAUUUCAGUGGCCUUGAAGGCAAUGAUGAAUGGAAAAUGAAUCGAAAUUUGACAGUUCGAAUUUUCGAAAUACCAACUUCUUCUAUCGUUUUGAUGUUGCCCCCAAGGCCAGUCACGUUUAACUGAAUCGGAAUAUCUAUUCGCUCAUAAUAACAAUUAUGAAUAAAAAACGGAAAUAAAAUGGCAUCGUUCGGGUCUCAAUUUGCGUUAACGAUAAACAAAUAAUUAAUAUUUAAUUCUCUACGUAAGUGAAAGAUUACUAUUAAACCCACAAACAAAUAUCCUUAUCAUUUUGAUAACAGACAAAAAAGCUAUUUUUUAAGCAUUAGAAUAUAUCGGAAAAUACGGAAAAUCAUAGAAGGCUAAGAGAAUUAAGUUAAAAAAUAAAUAAAUUAAUUAAUUAAUCUUUACAUUAACAAGUAUUUGAACAGACUAAAACAUUAUAAAAAUAAGGAAAAAUUAUUAAGACUGUCUCAGGAGAAAACGGCCAGAAUAUAUACAUAGAAAUAAUACUUAUAAUUAAAUUAAUGAACGUAGCUGGAGUGUAUAAAAUAUCCAAUUUUUUAUUAUUAUUGUUUUUGUUUUGUUUCCGUUAAUAUAUAUGUCAUUUAAAAAAAAAAACAACCAACAAUUGGAAUAACAUCUUUAAUUAUACUAUUGUAUGAAAGUGUCCGUUUUGUAAUAAUAAUAAUAAUAAAAGGAAAAUUAUGUAAAAAAAAGUGCUGCAAAGGAUGAUAAUCUCACCGGUAACUGUUCAGGUGCACAUAUUAGAUUCGUGUUGGCGAACGAACUCAAAAGCAUCAUCAUCUAAUGAUCCCAAAUCCAAUGAUCUCCUAAUCUAAUGAUCGCCAAAUGUAAUGAUCCCCCAAAUCGAAUGAUCCCCCAAAUUAAAUGAUUCCCCAAAUCGAAUGAUCCCCCAAAUCGAAUGAUCCACAAAUCCAACAAUCCCCAAAUCCAACGAUCGCCUAAUCCAAUCAUCCCCUAAGCCAAGGAUAUCCUAAUCUAAUGAUACACAAAUCGAAUGAUCCACCAAAUCGAAUGAUCCACAAAUCCAAUGAUCCCCAAAUCCAACGAUCGCCUAAUCCAAUGAUCUCCUAAUCUAAUGAUCGCCAAAUGUAAUGAUCCCCCAAAUCGAGUGAUCCCCCAAAUUAAAUGAUUCCCCAAAUCGAAUGAUCCACAAAUCCAACAAUCCCCAAAUCCAACGAUCGCCUAAUCCAAUCAUCCCCUAAGCCAAGGAUAUCCUAAUCUAAUGAUACACAAAUCGAAUGAUACACCAAAUCGAAUGAUCCACAAAUCCAAUGAUCCCCAAAUCCAACGAUCGCCUAAUCCAAUGAUCUCCUAAUCUAAUGAUCGCCAAAUGUAAUGAUCUACAAAUCGAAUGAUCCCCCAAAUUAAAUGAUUCCCCAAAUCGAAUGAUCCACAAAUCCAACAAUCCCCAAAUCCAACGAUCGCCUAAUCCAAUCAUCCACUAAGCCAACGAUCUCCUAAUCUAAUGAUACAAAAAUCGAAUGAUCCACCAAAUCGAAUGAUCCCCCAAAUCGAAUGAUCCCCCAAAUCGAAUGAUCCACAAAUCCAACGAUCGCCUAAUCCAAUCAUCCCCUAAUCCACCGAUCUCUAAAUCUAAUGAUCCUCAAAUGAUUUCUUAAAUCAAAUGAUUCCCAAAAUCGAAUGAUCCACCAAAUCAAAUGAUCCACAAAUCCAACAAUCCCCAAAUCCAACGAUCGCCUAAUCCAAUCAUCCCCUAAGGCAACGAUCUUCUAAUCUAAUGAUCCACCAAAUCGAAUGAUCCCCCAAAUCGAAUGAUCCCCCAAAUCGAAUGAUCCACAAAUCCAAUGAUCCCCAAAUCCAACGAUCGCCUAAUCCAAUCAUCCCCUAAGGCAACGAUCUUCUAAUCUAAUGAUCCCCCAAAUCGAAUGAUCCCUCAAAUCGAAUGAUCCCCCAAAUCGAAUGAUCCACAAAUCCAACGAUCGCCUAAUCCAAUUAUCCCCUAAUCCAACGAUCUCUAAAUCUAAUGAUCCACAAAUGAUUCCUUAAAUCAAAUGAUUCCCCAAAUCGAAUGAUCCACCAAAUCAAAUGAUCCACAAAUCCAACAAUCCCCAAAUCCAACGAUCGCCUAAUCCAAUCAUCCCCUAAGGCAACGAUCUCCUAAUCUAAUGAUCCACCAAAUCGAAUGAUCCACCAAAUCGAAUGAUCCCCCAAAUCGAAUGAUCCACAAAUCCAAUGAUCUCCAAAUCCAAUCAUCCCCUAAGGCAACGAUCUUCUAAUCUAAUGAUCCACAAAUCGAAUGAUCCCCCAAAUCGAAUGAUCCCCCAAAUCGAAUGAUCCACAAAUCCAACGAUCGCCUAAUCCAAUCAUCCCCUAAUCCACCGAUCUCUAAAUCUAAUGAUCCACAAAUGAUUCCUUAAAUCAAAUGAUUCCCCAAAUCGAAUGAUCCACAAAUCCAACAAUCCCCAAAUCCAACGAUCGCCUAAUCCAAUCAUCCACUAAGGCAACGAUCUUCUAAUCUAAUGAUCCACCAAAUCGAAUGAUCCCCCCAAUCGAAUGAUCCACAAAUCCAGCGAUCGCCUAAUCCAAUUAUCCCCUAAUUCAACGAUCUCUAAAUCUAAUGAUCCACAAAUCAAAUGAUUCCUUAAAUCAAAUGAUUCCCCAAAUCGAAUGAUCCCCCAAAUCUAAUGAUCCACCAAUCCAACAAUCCCCAAAUCCAACGAUCGUCUAAUCCAAUCAUCCCCUAAGCCAACGAUCUCCUAAUCUAAUGAUCCACAAAUCGAAUGAUCCCCCAAAUCGAAUGAUCCUCCAAAUCCAAUGAUCCCCAAAUCCAACGAUCGCCUAAUCCAAUCAUCACCUAAUCCAACGAUUUCUAAAUCUAAUGAUCCACAAAUCGAAUGAUCCACCAAAUCAAAUGAUCCACAAAUCCAACAAUCCCCAAAUCCAACGAUCGCCUAAUCCAAUCAUCACCUAAUCCAACGAUUUCUAAAUCUAAUGAUCCACAAAUCGAAUGAUCCACCAAAUCAAAUGAUCCACAAAUCCAACAAUCCCCAAAUCCAACGAUCGCCUAAUCCAAUUAUCCCCUAAUUCAACGAUCUCUAAAUCUAAUGAUCCACAAAUCAAAUGAUUCCUUAAAUCAAAUGAUUCCCCAAAUCGAAUGAUCCCCCAAAUCUAAUGAUCCACCAAUCCAACAAUCCCCAAAUCCAACGAUCGUCUAAUCCAAUCAUCCCCUAAGCCAACGAUCUCCUAAUCUAAUGAUCCACAAAUCGAAUGAUCCCCCAAAUCGAAUGAUCCUCCAAAUCCAAUGAUCCCCAAAUCCAACGAUCGCCUAAUCCAAUCAUCACCUAAUCCAACGAUUUCUAAAUCUAAUGAUCCCCAAAUCGAAUGAUCCACCAAAUCAAAUGAUCCACAAAUCCAACAAUCCCCAAAUCCAACGAUCGCCUAAUCCAAUCAUCCCCUAAGGCAACGAUCUCCUAAUCUAAUGAUCCACCAAAUCGAAUGAUCCACCAAAUCGAAUGAUCCCCCAAAUCGAAUGAUCCACAAAUCCAAUGAUCUCCAAAUCCAAUCAUCCCCUAAGGCAACGAUCUUCUAAUCUAAUGAUCCACAAAUCGAAUGAUCCCCCAAAUCGAAUGAUCCCCCAAAUCGAAUGAUCCACAAAUCCAACGAUCGCCUAAUCCAAUCAUCCCCUAAUCCACCGAUCUCUAAAUCUAAUGAUCCACAAAUGAUUCCUUAAAUCAAAUGAUUCCCCAAAUCGAAUGAUCCACAAAUCCAACAAUCCCCAAAUCCAACGAUCGCCUAAUCCAAUCAUCCACUAAGGCAACGAUCUUCUAAUCUAAUGAUCCACCAAAUCGAAUGAUCCCCCCAAUCGAAUGAUCCACAAAUCCAGCGAUCGCCUAAUCCAAUUAUCCCCUAAUUCAACGAUCUCUAAAUCUAAUGAUCCACAAAUCAAAUGAUUCCUUAAAUCAAAUGAUUCCCCAAAUCGAAUGAUCCCCCAAAUCGAAUGAUCCCCCAAAUCCAACGAUCGCCUAAUCCAAUCAUCCCCUAAUACAACGAUCUCUAAAUCUAAUGAUCCACAAAUCGAAUGAUCCACAAAUCCAACAAUCCUCAAAUCCAAUGAUUCGCUAACACAAUGAUUUCCAAAUCUAAUGAUCCCCUAAUCCAACGAUCUACUAACUACUAAUCUAAUGAUCCACAAAUCAAAUGAUCCCAAGCAAGGAUAUUUUUGGGAAUUUAAUUUCCGAAUAAUUGUAAAAAAAACUCAGAAAAAACUAAUUGGUAAACUACCGCCAGUUGCGGCACUAUACAGCUGAAUUUCUUUUCAGAGAUAUUUCUGACAGUCAGGCUUGUAUGAACAUCCAACAUAACAACGAGAAAACGGUUGGAUUUUCGUACCAAUACUCAAAGUUUAGAUGGACAUGAUACAUUUUCGACAACUGGGUCAAUGAUAUAUAUUGGAAUUUCUAUCCUUGCGAACAGCCCUUGUAUCCAUUGUAUGGAGAACGUCGUUAGUUUUAUGUUGACCCGUAUUCAGAUAUGAAAGCCACUAGAGAAAAAAGGCUAGUUCUAUGUUGAAUCAUAAAUUCAGCUAUGAAAACACAUAGAUGUCGCCACUAGAGAAAAUUUGCUAAAAAAAACUCGUCAGACUGCCCUAUUGUCCGAGGUAUUAAUUUAUGGGAUUUAGUUGACUCUUGUAGAAAGUCCUAGCAAAAAAUAAAAAUUGUCCAGAGAACCGUUUCUUCAUCGAUUAAUUUAUGAUGUGCUUGAGUUAUGUGUUCGUAAUGAGCUUUCGACAACAGAAAGUCUGUUUUGCCGUUGAUUAAUUGCAUUCAAGCGGGAUUAUGCACUUCAAUCAUUAUAAGAAGUGCUAAUUUCAGUCGACCGGAUACCCGAUUAUCAUCUGAACGUGCAUCUUGUACAAAAUAUAUUUAAGUUUUUAAAUGCAAUACAAAAUCAUUUAAUUGUAACACAAAACACUUGUGAAAUUAUGUAAUCCAAUCGCGUUUGGUAGUGUUUAGAAAAUGAUUUUCGAAAAUGGAAAUCAAAUUUAUUCGGACGUAAAGUAAUUUUUCACCAAAAUUAACCAAAAAGAAAAGAAAAAGGAAUUUUCGUUCGGUAACAUUUAUUGUACAUAAAAUUGAGUGAGUCGUCACAAUUUUGUUCCAAUAAAAAUAUUUAUUGUCGAAAAUCUGCAGAAUUUACAUAAUAUUUUAGUUGGAUUGGAGUUUAAUUUGAUUUCAAACAACGUACUAGAAUUGAAUUUUGAAUACGGCGCCUCCUCAACGCAGUAAUCAAAGAAAGGGGUCAUUGUGCCUGUUAAUCUGUUCUAGCAAUGCACAGCAAACCAAGCCCCAGAACAGAAUUUAAAUAAGGCGCCUGCUCGACUCAGUAGUCAGAAAAUAAGUUUUUUAAUGUUGGUAUUAUGCCACAGCGCUCAACAAAAUAAAGGGCCAAAUGACCGUUAAAAAAAUUUGUUCUGAUGCUUUGGUUGCGUCGCGUUGGUUCUGGUGAUUUGCUUUCACUGCGUUUUUUAAGACAAAAUUUUAUGUUAUUUGUGAAAUGCGUAAUUUCAGGGAACAGUAAAAAAGUUGGUUUUAAUUGUUAAUAAGGUAGAACGGGUAGAACCUACAUUGAAAAGGGACUGAUGGGACUAUCAAACUAAAAUUUUUAUUUUACGAUAAACUAUGGGAAAAGAGUUCUAAGAUUACCACUCAAUCGAACGAAGAAAUAACAUUAUUGGAGAUUCUGAUCCCUCGUAAAAAGUCUGACAUCGUUUUUUGUACGGCAGCUCAUUUCAUUUGGUUCACGUAGAAAAAGAUUGCUUUAUAAUGGUCAUUGUGAACUACUAUUUUUUUGACCAUCACACAUUUCCUGGAGCUAAAUACACACACGUGAGGACGAAGAACUUAAAACCCAAAACGCGAAAGAAAAAUUUAGAUAAGGAUGCAACGGACCUGGGCGUAGAUUCUCGUAGCAUUCGUAACACAAAGAAUUCGUAAUUUGACAGUCGCAUGUACUGCAGAACUGUCAAGUUAAGAAUUCUUAAAGUUACGAAUGUUUUGAGAAUCGGCACCCUGCAUCCUUACCAGCUAUUCUUCUUUUCUAUUCAUUUAUAUAUUCAAACAGAAUCAAUGCGACACCUAUACGAUGGUUUUGUCAAGCGAUCAACUGAUUCGAUGAUAUACCAGUUUCAAGUGGUUUGACGUUAGUGACACACUUUAUUUCAAAAUUAUUGCUUCCGCUUCCCGCAUAGGUGUGUACUUAAAAGCUUUACGGAAAGCUUUGUUUUUUUUUUUCUAGCACUGUAAUCGGUCUAACAGCGCUUCAGUACUUUUGUCACUCAAUUGACAGCAUUCAAUUAACCCACAGCAUUCACCGUUUUCGAACCGAAGCCAUUAAGAUUUGUUUCGCUUAAAAAUAAAAAUCGGACUUAUUUAAUCAUCUUGCCAUUAGCACAAUGUAUAGGGACUAAAAUGAAGCAGAAAAUUUUAGUUAUUCGAAAUGAAAAUUGCGAAAGGGAAGUGUCCUUACCAAUAUAGCAAAAUAUGAAAAUUUUGUUGCGCUAAAAUCAUUUGAAUUUUGAAUUGCAAAUCCGCUGACAACACGAAUUGUAUCGUUUACGGAAGGAAAAUA